GUCAUUUGCAAUCGGAAAGUAAACAACAGCCGACUUAUCUUACGCAAGUUCUGCCUUUUGUUUAUUCUUUCAUUCCCAGUCAUUUUCCAGUGCUAAUCAGUAAGCAGUAAUUACAUAAAAGUAUAUAAGCAGUGUUGUUGCAGUGUUUCAUUUUGAUAUUUGAUAACGCAUGUAUCGUAAACUUUUCAUCAAAUAGAAGACCUAAUCUGAUCUUCGUACUUCUGCCACUCUUGAUUCUGUAGACUUUUAUCUCUUAUCUCCAAUGUGCCCAUACCGAAGUUUUGUCUCCUGCCCGUUGAGUACAAUUGUCUAGAUUUCAUUUUAAUCAUGACCAAUUCGUGUACGAGAUUCGGUUUUAUAAUCACCAUUUGCGUGUAAUCACCGUGUAUUGGGUCCACCGUCCAGACGAUCAAGCAAGAACGGGUAGAUGAUUCAGAUCCUAGAGCGAUCGGCUUUUCAAUUAUCACCGUUCUGUGUUCAGACAUUCCUGAUCAUCAUUGUGAUGGUUUUUCAUAAUCAAUGGCAAUUUUUGAGCAAAAACAUUUGAAGAAGGAAAUCAUUGAUGAUACCCAUUCCUUGUCAUGUACCAUUAUCAAUGCUCAGUUGACUCAAGGCCACAUAGAUUAUACUCUCAGAGUUUUAAGAAGUAAAUUUGAAGAUAAAGUAUGGCAUGUUACCAAGCGGUACAGUGAUUUUGACAGCUUAUACAAUGCCCUCCAAAUCAGUGGCCUCAAGUUUCAAUUCCCUCCGAAAAAGUACUUCGGCAAUCUCAACCCUGAGUUUGUUGCCGAAAGGCAAGUUGGUUUACAGAGUUUUUUAGACACUGUAUUAAUGAAUCCUAUAUUAUCGUUGUCUCUUCCGGUGAGGAGAUUCCUCAAUCCAGAAACUUAUUCCAUUCCAUUUCAAGAACAAGCCAUGACUAAGGUCUCCAUGAUUCUUCGAGGAGAACGGGAUUAUGAAAUUGUCAAACCUCUAGACGAUAUUGGUUGGAGAAUUAGAAAACAAUAUGUUCACAUUCGUAAUCGGAAUUCCAGUAUUUCAAAACAAGAUUUUAUUCUUGCUUGGAUUGAGUUUGGGCCCGACAAAUAUCUAACAGACAAAGAAUUGCAGUCAAGUUUGAAAUGUUUGAUGGAUUUACAGCAUCCAUUUAUUGAGCCAACACUAUUAGCUGUUUGUAACGAAUCUGGUGGACUAGUUAUUAGAAGAUACAAUCCACCUGGUAGUUUGCGUGAUAUUCUGUACGGAUCCUCCCCUAACCAACCCUUUUUGAAGAAAUAUUGCAAUCCAAAAGAAAGGAAACCUCUACCUCCAAAUACGGUGGCAAAUUAUGCAACUCAGAUUUUGCAUGCAUUGAAGUUUCUUCGGGACAAAAAACUUCCUUUUGGUCAUUUGCACACCAGCAACAUUCUAGUGGAAAAUAACAGAGUGAAAUUGACUGAUAUUGAGAACAGUCUUUUUGGUGUUUCAAAUUAUUAUCGCCCUUAUAUAUCACAGCUACGGAAAGUUAACACAAUGGAGGCAGUUGACGUGUAUUGUUUUGCACAUACUUUGUAUGAAAUGUCUACAGGCUCUCCUCUACAGCAGUCAACGUGCGAUGAGCUUCCAGCCAAUUGUCCUUCCAUGUUCAGACCAGUUUUGGAACUCAUUUUAUCAUCUGAAGCUUGUCGAAAGACAGGGUUACCAACUUUAGAUUAUCUCCUAGAUCACCCACUGUUUAGUCAUAAUUCAUUCAUUCCUGUCACGGAACCAAAACCACAUUUCAAGGUGUCAUCACAUCUAAAAGAAGCCUUCCGGAAACUAUCCUUGCAAAUUGAAAAAAGGCUUGGUGAAGAACAAAAAAAGAUAAGGUACCAGAAAAAGCUCUAUUUAAUGCAAGAGCAGCUCAUAGUGGAAGAAAACAACAGGCAGAAGGAAAAGAAAAAACAAAGAUCGAAAAAACACUCCGAGUCUAUCGCCAAUGGAAAAUCGGAAAGGUGUUCUAGUCCAAAUAGUGUCGCAACCUCCGCAGGAACUGUCACUCCACCUUCUGGAGCCUCAUCAAGCCACUUCACUCCUCCUUCAGCUUCAGAUUUAGCGUCAUCAUUGUCAACUCCUCCUCCUCCUCCUCCCCCUCCUUUUCAAAGCAAUGGAAACUCCCGAUCAGAGCUUCUGAAUUCCAUCUGUAACUUUAAAAAGUCUGAGCUGAAGAAGACCAAACCAACGUGACGAAUUUCAUCCUCUUGACCCUCCCACAGUUUAAUGUUACCUAUUUGAAUUUUUUUCUAAUCAGUCACUUGUAUCCUUUAUUUUUCUUCCUUUUUGAGCAAACCGUACGCUGAAUUUGUUUUAAAGUUUAUUCACAAGUUAACGCUGAAACUGACGCUUUUAUUCAAUGUUCUUCACUUAGAUUGUUUGAUCAGUAAUGUACCACUAGAUUAGGUACGAAUUUAAGCAUUCUGAUGUAUGUUUCUGCUUUCAACUUUGAUGUGAAACCCGAUUUAAGCACUAAAAAUUGCUGAAAUCAACCCCUAACCAAGAUAUUAAUGUUUUUAUUUUGCAUUGGUUACGAUGAAUUGAAUUUCCUGUGCACAAAUAACAAGAGUCCUCUGGAAUCAAACUGCACACUACAACGGUUUUGCUUCUCAAUCAUGCAGUGUUUCUUCCCCACCCUGCGUUAUUCAAAGUGUAAAAAAUGUACAACAGCUAAGGCUUACCGUUGAUAAUGAGGUUUUCUUAUUUUCAUACUCUAAAGACUUUCAUGGUAUCAGUAUAAUUCAAGUAGAUUACAUAAUAAUUUUUUUGUGAGUGGGAAGUUUGAAUAGAUGCAUGAAAAAACGCUUACACCUAUGUUAGGAGUUACUUUCAGUAAUUUUUGAUGUAUUAAUUGUGUUUCACGUUACAUUUAGAUGAGGAAACAUGUAUCAUAAUGCUAAAAUUCACACUUUAUCUAGUGGUCCAUUUGUGAUCAAAAGUACAAAAUGUAUUUUCAUUAAGCACAAGUCUAAUAUGAAAUUAAUCUAACAAAAAAGUGCAAGUAAGUUCUCUUUUUGCUUUUACUCAUCUUUGCUUUUGGCAGUAAAACUUUUGGAAAUUUUUCUCUGGAUUUCUUUCAUCAUUAAAAUUUAUAAUCCUACAUUGCUACUUGUACAUGGGAGUGUAAUGCUAAAUCUACAAAGUAAUGUCACCUGCUAAUUAUGCAGAACAGCAACACCAUCAUUGGGUGGGUUAAUUCAGAAAUAUGGAAAAUGACACUCCUCAUUGGAAUAGUCGCCCAGACCAUUUUCAUAGAAAGCUAAUCUUACUGGAGGAUAUUUCAGGUCUUUCCCCCAGUUUUCCUUAUUCAGGAGCCUGAGCGACAUUAGAAUGGUAUCAGAAGGCACUAUCAUGUGACAAGCCAAUUUUAAAUGAAGAUAAUUUAGUAAAAGCCAUCAGUAACUGGACACAAGCUGUUAACAUUUUUCAUAAAGUUUUAUUUGUUGUUUUGUAAAGUGCCAUACAUCCAAAACUCUGGUGUACCUAACCUCAGUCAGGAUCAUUUCUCUUUUUGUAUGCAUUUGUUUAGUUCCUCAUCCUUGGAGGUAUUUUUUCCCCUGAUCAUUUUAGCAUCAAAUUUUCUCUUGAGUCUUUACUUGCAAAAACUGUUUCCAUCAAUUUUUUAACAAGUGAACGCAUGGUUCAAGUCUGUAAACUGAUUACACCGUGAAGAACACUGUUAAGUUUAAACGACUGAAUCGUAAUUUGCAAUUAUUUUACCACAACUUUUUUAAGAAUCUGCCAAAUUUUCUGUCCCUCAUCCUGUAAAAACUUUCAAAAGUAAUUUGAGUCCAGCACUUGUUUGUUAUUUAUCCUGGAAUUUCCUCAGUUGAAAGUUGUGCUUUAUGAGUGUUCUAAGUGACACUUGAAUUAUUUAUUUUUAAAAUGACCUGCCUUUUUAGAUGUUUAAUUUACACGGACCGCUGGCGGAUCUGGGGUAUAUUUCAAGUAUUUGUUAGUCAAAAUUCUCUCUGCUCUCUUCUCUAAACUUCAUCUUAGGCGUAGGGAAGAAGCCUGGCUUUCUAAAACCUACUUCAGUGUGGCCUCUUGAAGAGCACUAAUAGUAGUUUUUAAAAUCAAGUGGCUCCAAUACUGAGCUUCGUUUUUUGCUGCAAGACGUAAACACAUUUAUUUUUUGGGGUUAAAUACAGUUAGCUAUCACCUAUUUCAUCUGAGACGUAAAAGAAUCCUUCGUCAGAUUUUUAAAGUUGAGUGGAAAGAAGAUUUCAUGUCUACAGAAAUAUGUAGGUAGUUGGAAUGUAGAAAAUGUACUUUGAAAAUGCAAGUGCAAAAUUUUUUUACCAAAUUUAUUACUUUAUACUGAAAUACUUUACUUCCGUUCUAUCUUUGACUCUAAAAAUUUUGAUUCAAAACCAAAUUAAAAUUGUUAACAAGCAACUUGAAUCAGACUUUAAUGGUUUGCUUGGAUUAUUAUUCAAAAUUCAAUGAAUGAUGAUGACCAGUUUUUUCCUUAAUGUUGAAAUUUUUGCAAAUUCAAUAUUUUUUUUUUCAAUUACAUAAAGGUUAUUUCAAUCAAAUUUCAAUUUUUUGCAAGACUGGUACAUGGUGUGGAUGAAGAAAAAGUUUGAAAUUAGUAGCAAGCAGCAAGCUUCUUCAUCAGUUUUGUAUGCCUUCAAAUAAUUUUUAAGCUUCCCUUUCAGAGCCAGAGCGUAUCAAAUAAAACUGAAAUCAUAGGACUUUCAUAUGCUUUUCUCUUUCAGGCUAAGGCAUUAACCUGAAGAAAAGAUCAAGUACCAGACAUGCAAAUGGGUUACAAUCAUGAUUAGUGUGUGCUUUAACCUUGAUUUCUUAUCUUCAUGCCACACUGUGCAUUAAAUGCAAUUUUUCUUUGAACAUGUUUUCCGGAGAAAUUUAGAAAGUGCAAAAAAUUACUUUGAGAUGGAAGAAACACAUUAAUAUUUAAAAACGCUUCAUCAUAUUGUGAGUUUAGAAAAGGCAUCCACUAUGUAAUUAAACGUAGGUAGGUAUGCAUUUACUAAUUUCUCAAUCAUAGCUCCAUCCAUGAACCAAGUUUUACCCUGUAAAAGUUUCAAAGUCAAGGCAAAAUGUUUUAAAUGUGAAAAUAAUUUUUAACCUUUGUCCUUAAUAUUAAGCCCUAUGGAGGCAUGUAAUUUUCAAAUUGUUUUUCUCGGUUCAAGCUUGAUGCGGAUUUUUGCGUUUCCUUCGAAUUCAGCCCCAAGCAUAGGAUCUUUUUGGCAACAAUACUUGAAAUGAUAUGCCAACCUGAAGUGGUCAUUUUACCCUUGAUUUUCCUAUUUACAUUCAAAGUUUUAAUCAUCCUAGACCUCGUAUCAAGUGGCCAUUAAAAAAGUUAGAGGCACUUUCACCAAUUUUUACUGAACCAUCUUCAUGCAGUCACUAAGCACUCACUCAAAUACUAAACUGAUCAGUUUAGAUAAAAAAUCUUCCUCCGUUCUUUCUUUUGAGUUUUAAAAAAAUCUUGUGAAUCAUGUAGGUUUUAUGUCAUUGAAUUAAAAUGUUCUUAAUCUGUGAUGUAUAAUUUAUGUUAUUGGAUACUUUUAUGUUAUUCUUUAUUGAAAAUAUAUUGAUUAUUAUUUUUA